UCUCUGGUCUGAGCCCAAGCUCAAGGCCGCAGGCUGCCUCUGAGGGACACAUCCUGUCCCUCGGGCUCCUCACCUAUCCCCAUGCUCUCCAAGCGGACCAGCGGGUCGGAGAGGCACAGUGUGACCCUGUGCCCAAUCGCCCAGGGCCUGCGUGCCCUGCAGAAUGUGGCCGGCAGGGACGUCCUGAGCUGGGAACAGAAGCUGCCCCAGGCUCCACACGGCCUCGGGAGGUCUGCCCUGGCCAUCUGCUCCUGCUACCGGAAGAUGAAUGUGCCCCAGGCUGUCCCCAGCCUCCAGGGCUUCAAGUCUGACAUGGAGGGGCUGAGGACAGCCUUCCUCGAGCGGCCCGGCUGCCCCCAGUUUAGCACCAAGGCCACCACUGUGUCCCAUCCGGGCUCAGAGUUCUCCUUGGAGCAACUCAGGUCCAGCAGCGAGGACUGGCGCUCGGACGGGCAGGACUGGCGCUCGGACUGGCAGGACUCCACCCGGAGCACGGAUGGGCACGUGCUCCUGGGCAGCAGGAGUGCCUGUGAGCUCAGGGACCAGAGGAGGGGCUUGCGCCAGAGCCUGAGCCCUGUGUCCAGCCAGAGGAUGCCCUGGUACAUCUCAGUCAUCCAUGAGAAGGAGCGCUCCCUGCUGGCGCUGGGGCAGGAGGUCCGGCGCUUCUCUGAGCUGGAGGCACAGCUUCAGAAGAAAGACCAGGAGGUCUUGCUGCUGCACAGGGAGAUGGAGACCCUGCGGAAGCAGCUGAAAUGCAUCCUACGAAGCAAAGGCCUUGAGAUAACUCCGUUCCCAUCCCGGAGGGGAUCAUCCUUGGAGGAUGGGCUGACGCCAGGCAGGCUGAGCAUCCUGAGGACCCACAUGGACCAGAAGGACCUGCUUCUCCCGGAGCAGAUGCAAGAAGAGGACACCUCGGCCGAGUUUGGCAGAGAGCAGUCCCUGGAGCUGGGGCGCGAUGAGGAGGACCAGGCCCCUGGUGCAGAGCCCAAGGUGGCCAGGGAUGCCAGAGUGGGGGACGGCGCCAGCAGGACAGGGGCUGUACAGGGGGAGGCCGUGCAGGAGGAAGAGGAGGACGAGGAGGACGAGGAGGAGAAGGAGCUGGAGUUGGAGGAGAAGGAUGAGGAGGACCUGACCCAGGAAGGCGACAGCUCCUGGGGACGGAUGUUCUCCAUGACGGAGUCACUAGAAGACGAGCUCUUGGCCCAGCUGGAGGAGUAUGAGCGCAUGCUGCUGGAGUUCCAGGGCGAGCUGAACGCCUCCCGGACCAGAUACUGCCUUGCCAUAGGUAGGGCAGCUGUGGAGGGGGCGGGCAGCCGGCAGCCACCUGCCCUUUCCUCCUCCUCCAUCACUCCCGCAGGAACCAUCACGUCCCUGCAACGACAGGUGACUUUCCAAGAGUCCCAGAUGGGCAAGGUCAGCACGGAGAAUGAGGUGCUGCGGAAGGAGCUCCGCGAUCGGAAGCAGCAGCUGCAGGCCAUGUCUGACAAGUUCUCCAGGCUCCGGGAAGAUAAGAAGCACCUGGAGAUGAUGGUGAUCAUUGAGAAGGACAAUCUGGAUCUCCGCCAGCGGGUGUCGGACCUGGAGGCAGAGCUCUCCAAGCGAGACCUCACCAUCUCGGAGCUGAUGGUCAAGGUCAGCGGGUUGCAGGCACAGGUCAGCCAGGAGCAGGAGCACGUGCAGCGGUGGAAGCAGCUGCAGGAGGACAUUCGGAGCAGGAACGAAUCCGUCCAGCAGGCAGAGCAGCAGGCCCGCGUGGCGCUGGAGAGCACCCAAGCCCGGCUGGAGCGGCUGAGGAGCAGAAUCAUGCAGGCGGCCUUCAGCGUCACAGGGGUAAAGACGCUGUCCACGGAGAUCACAGACAAUGACAUUCUAGAGGCCCUGCAGAGGGUCAUCUCAGAGAGGAACGACUACUACCAGCAGCUGAAGCAGACUGGGGUCAAGGUGCCCCCACCGCAGCAGGUGGAAGUCCUACCCAGCAAGUCCAAGAAGGCUGUGUCCAAGUAGGCCGGUGGCCAGAGUAGCUGGCCAGCUGAGGGGGCGGGCUCCCCGUGUCUGACUGGAGUAAAUCCUGGUGUGCCUCAGCCUCUCUUUUCCUGCCUGGGCGCCUGGGCCUGGGCACGUACACUCCAGUGAUGCUGCGAGAGGGACACCAGCCCGGGGUCCUUGCUCCUUCCUGAGGAGCCCUGCCCUGGUCUGGGUCCCCUCCCAGCUGCCAGAGUGCAGGAGGCCUUCGAGGGUGCCCAUCCCGGAGCUCACACCUGCGGAGGGGGCGACACACCUCCUGCUAUGGGGUUCACCCGGCUAGGCCACCCCCUCACUGGGAGAUCCCUGGGGUGGGGUAGGGGAGCUCCUUCCACCCCUCUGCUCCGGCAACCCCAGGUGUUACCAUGAGCACGUGCUGAGGGACCCUUGCAUCUGCACCUGUGGUGCACCCUCUGCUCCCACAAGCAAGGAGCUGUGCGAGGAGGGCCAGGGCCAGGCGCCCGGUCAGGAGGGGGAGGUCGGUCUCAGGGCCCUCCAGACCCCGGGGAGGGCAGCAGAGUGUGCGAGCCAACUCGAGCCUCCUAGGACGUCCUGGGCGUUCGAGCCUGACCCUCGGCGGGGUGGUCCUGGGGCAGGAAGGGUCGCGCUGCAGACAGGCUGGCUGCCUAUCCCUCCCUGCCGUAAUUGUGGACGCCGCAGGUCCCCCUCCCCUCCGUCCCUUCCUCCCCAGGCCUGGAGUCAGGGCCUGGCCUGCGCCUGCGAUCCCUAACCCAGGCACGGAAAGACCAAGCCCCGCCCACCCAGCCCGCACAGAUCACACCCAUCGAACAAGACCCGCCCAUAGAAAAAGCCCCCACCCAAUCAGGGCCCGCUUUGGCCCCGGCGCCGCCCCUGUACACCCCCGGCCCCAUCCCUCCGGCCCUCCCUGCGGAGACGCGGCUGCGCGCACAGCCUGCUGGGGGCGCAGGCCCGAGGCGCCACCCGCCCCAGGACGCAGCACCGCUGAGCCUGUCCGCAGGACCGCUGUCUGUUGCAUGGUGGCUGCUGCUGCACCAGCCAUCAUAUCAAGGCAGGCAGGAGAUGACUACUAUUAAUUCAUGAAAGCAAAACCCACCAUUCCCCCGGCUGCACCCAGCACUUUCUCCCCAGCUGCUGACAUGGAUCUGCGGCCUGCUGUGCCCCAGGCAGCUCUGUGUAGGAGCCCCAGCCCUGCAGCUAAGGGCCCAGCAAAGGAUUGGCUGCCAGGAGUGGGGGCCCUGUAGCCGCCUGCUUGGGGACCCUACGGCUGGGGCUGGAUGCCAGGAGGAGAGCCUGGGUGCCGGUUGACAGGAGUUUGUUGCCCAG